UGCCAAUUUUGGCUGAGAAAUUAAAGUUAAACAAAAGGAAAUAUCUUUCUAAGAAAUUCUAAUUAUGGUGAUAGUUUUAUUUAACAACUGUAUUUACAACGAAAAAACCAAAACGCAUUCAGUUAUGAAAGUUCAUAGGUAUGGAAUGCUUUUCAGUUGAUCUAAAAAUAGAAUUUUAAACUGGAUUUGAAAUCAAACAAGAAUAACAAGCAACAGGCUUUAUGUGGUUUUUCACUUGUUGAAAUGUGGCGAGAUCACUCCGCGAACUCACUAUGAUAUGCUGCGGGACAAAUAGUCCCUUACUUCCGUUUCAUGACAAGAUGACCAGCACCGCCAUCUUGGAGCUGAGUCUGGAGCAGGCUGACCUCGUCUACUACUCAGGUGAUCGCAUCAGGGGGGCGCUCAUCGUGCACGUGGCCGCCCCAGUGACCAUAGCAGGGGUCGAGCUGAGGUUCCGCGGGGCAGCGAGGGCGAAAUGGCGGGAGAUUGGCUGGAAGACGGAAGUGGAACACGAGAAGGAGGAGAUCUACUUUGAUGACAGGUUCUGCCUCUGGGGGAAGGUUGCAGAUGACGGGCGAUGGGAAAGUAGAGAAGUGCUCAACAGAGGCAGACAUCUUUUUCCAUUCCAGUACAAGUUGCCGGAAGGAAUACCAUGCUCUUUUGAGGGUCCGGAGGCAAGCAUACGCUACACUGUUCAUGGCGCCUUGACUAGAGUUGCUGGCCCUAACAUCACUACUCAGAAAACUGUGACUGUCUUAAGGGACUUGGACUCUAAGAGAGACAAUGAGAAAAAAUCACCAUCAUCACGUCAUGUAUUGGAGGACCAUGCUGAGCGCACAUUCAGCACGACGUGUUGUCGACCUUCUCGAGUCUCCUGCUCACUCUGUGUACUCAAACGCUCAUAUGUUCCAGGGGAAACAAUCCAUGCUGAUGUACAAAUCCACAACAUGACGAUGAGAAAAUCUGGCUCAUGCAGACUGCAGCUUAAACAACUUGUGACCUAUGGAGAAAGUCACUGCCGGCCUAUUCUACUUCUUGACUUAGAGUUCCAUGAAAGCAUUAGACCUGGCCAAAGACGACAAUGGAAAAACCUGAGCCUUAUCGUCCCAUCAACCUGUCCUUCUAAGCUGAGCAAAUGCAGAGUUAUAGAUGUUAGAUACUGCGUAGCCAUAGAAUGUCAGUUCUCAGAUUCAGUUCUUUACGCCGCUGUGCCUAUAACUAUAGCUACUGUUCCAGAGAGAGGCAUCAUCCCAGUCAGGUGGUCUUACCAAGAAUGCUCAACUGAUUACGGUGAAGAGGAAUCCAAGCAAACCAUUAAAAACGAUGUGUUUCACCCUAGGUACAAAUUUUAUGAGGAACUAAAAGAUAUUCGGAAAGACAAAUACUUUGUUUUAAAACUGCGUCAAAGUCCAGGGAUGAAAAGGAGAUUGCUGACUACUGAAGGAGAAAGCCGCACAGAUUCAGAUGCUGUAAACGAAUCAAAAGCUUAGGAUUAAAACCUUCAUUUAAAAAUUAAAAACAUUUUCUGUGUAAACAAAUAAAAUCAUUAAUAAUCAUCUUGUUGUGAUGUGAAAAUUAAAAUAUUGAAUUAAAAUCUAGCUAGGCUAUAAUUAAAGAAAAAAAACAACAGUUUUAAUAAAGCAUUCCAGUUAUAUUAAAUUAAAUGUGUAAUGUCAUUUGCUGAACACAGAAAUAAAUCUUUGCUGUGUUUUGUAUUAGUUAAGAUAAAAACUCAAAAGUCAGAGGAAUUGAAAGGGCUUUGAAAAACCAUGUAGCUAAACAAUUUUGCAUUUCUGUUAUAAAACUGUUUAUGAUAAAUAUAAAUAAUUCCUCAAAAACUAAAUUGAAAUAGAAAUUAAUGCCAAAUAUAGUAUUUAUAAACUAUGACAUAUUUUUUGUUGUUGCUAAAUAUUAAGUUUUAAAUGUGCAGACUAGGGAUGUGAAAAAAUAUGUAUGUUCAAUACGUUUGUAGAACAUCAGCUAGAAUAAAAAGAUUUCACUUUCAUGUAUGAAACACAUCAAAUAACUAAACCAGUAUUGUUAACCUUAUGUGUUCAAAUUUUUCUUCUGCAUAAAAUAUUUUUAAUUUCUUCGAUUUCUUGUUUUUAGUUCUUUUAUGUUAGUUUAAUACAUCUUUAUAUUUUUAAAAUUUAAUUAAUAUAUUUUUAAAGAUAAAUUACUAUAUUUUUAAAAUUUAAUUACAUUUUAGUUCUGCUUUGAUCAAAUAAGAUUUUAAAAA